AAAAAAUAAUUAAAAAAAAUUGUAUAAACUAUAGUGCGAAAUAAGGAAGAAGAAAGUAAAAGGUUUAGUUUUGUAACGUCUUCUCUCCUCUCUCAAGAAUGAGAGGAGAGGAUUUGGUUCUUCACAUGUAAAUUUUGACAAAUAAAUUAUGAAUUAGAUGUAGGCUAACCAAAAAGUAUGAGAACAAAUAGAAAAAGGUGAAAAAAGAAGAAUAAACCCAAAUAUAAUAAAGAAGAGAUAUUUGGAGUUGUAUAUCCUUAAAUUGAUAGAGGUCAUAUGCCUAGGAUGAUAACACAGAAUGAUGGAUUUUCGAAUCAUCAUCAACAUACAUUUUCAUCAUCCAGGAAAAAGGGUAUCAUUAGAAGUUGUCGGAAAUGUGGCAAUGGAGAUGGACAUGAAAAUAUUAGUGGCUAUAGAGGAGGAAUUAACAAUGAGCGCAUAUUUAAAAGAGGGCCAUGGACUGCUGAGGAGGAUGCUUUAUUAAUUGAGUAUGUUAAAAAACAUGGAGAAAGACAUUGGAAUUGUGUGCAAAACACCGGUUUAAUAAGAUGUGGAAAAAGUUGUCGACUUCGGUGGACAAAUCAUUUACGCCCUGAUCUUAAAAAGGGUGCGUUCUCUCCCGAAGAAGAGAGAAUUGUUCUCGAACUACAUUCUAAGCUUGGCAACAAAUGGUCAAAAAUCGCAGCUGAGUUGCCAGGAAGAACAGACAACGAGGUGAAGAAUUUUUGGAACACAAAAAUUAAAAGGAGAAUGAAAAUUGAAGCAUCAAUAUUAAAUUCAGACGGAGACGGAAACAACCAAAAACUAAUUGGAAAUUUUGAUUAUCAUUUCCAACACCGAAAGAAUAAACUAGCUCAUCUAGAUCUUCAUCCAGAUUUAUCAAUUUCAAUUCCUAAUAAUUCGUAUACUUCACAGUAUUCUCUUUCACCCUUCUCAACACCAAUAUCAUUUCCAUUUCCAUUUCCAUUUCCCAACUCUCAUUCAAAUCUGAAUAGUUUAUCUAAUCCGAAUUUCAAUAUUAUAAACACAACCAGCAUUGGCGAUCCAAUUUUAUCGUUCCUCAAUAAUCCAACUUAUAAAUUUAAACUUAUACUUGAAGAUGAAGCAAAGCGUAAUGAUGCGGAUAAUUUUAAUAUAACUUUUCCCUUGAUUCCUAAGACACCCAUGACACCGAAUCCCAACGAUACAGUUAUCGCCAACCACACUCAUCUAAACAAUUCAUUAAAUGCACCAAAUAACAUGUUCUUUGAGAACCGUGAUCAUGAUAUUAUGUUCACAACUAAUAGUUUACAACAUCCUCUACAACAAAUGACUCACAAUGAACACUCUCUUGCAACACCCCCUUCAAGUGUUAUUACUUGUACAAGCAAUAGAUUAAACAACAUUUACACUUCAUGGUCGGUUGGUAACAACUCGGAAGAAGAGAAUUCAUCAAUUAUCGAUCAAGGUAAGUCAAGCACUGAUAUGGAUCGGAAUGGAAUGGAUAAAGAGAUAGAGAUCACCAUGCUGUCAUUAGAUAAUGACAUGCUUAAUUCGGAUGAACAAAGCCCUAAACUGUUCUCUAUAGGAGUGAAGAAAACGGAAAAAGAACCAUGCGAGGAAACUAUGUCCAUGGAUGAUGAUCUUUCAAGUCUUCUAUAUGAUUUUUCUAUUCCCAACUCACCUAUCCUCUAAUAUGAUAUUAUGAUAAGUUUAUGUCUUCCACUACUACAACAACACUUUCUUCUAUUGUUGGAGUAGUGUAUCAUGUAUAUUAUAUUGUAAAACUUUCACCCUAUUAACUUACUAACACAUAUUCAUAUCACUAAAUUUUGAACUUUUUAAUUAAUUUUAUUUGUUUCAAGGGGCCACGAGAGGGGCAUAUUGAAGUACAUAGUAUAAGAAUUUUUUUACAUCGAAUUUUUUUACAUCAAGUGAUGGUUUGAACAGAUUAUGUAAUAUGUUAUACAAUUAACUCCAAAAGAACUCAAUAUGUCUUAUUGUAGAACCAGAAUCUACAAGAUUAGAUACAUGAUGAUCGCAAUGAUCUUCCUACAAAAUUUCUAAGAUAUUAUGCUCGACGUCUACCACCAUUGAAAUUCAUUCGGCCGAGUAAAAGAUAAUAUAUAUAUACGAAUUAUUGCUUCU